GGGCACCUCCAGCAUCCCGCCAAUGAGGAUGGGCGUGCAGCCCGUGCCCCGGAGCUGAGCCGCCGCCCGCUGGGUGUAGGCUGCUCCAGUAUUUAUUGGAUGUGACAAACAGGGAGAAGAGAUUUCAGCGGGGCUGCUCGCUGCCCGGCUCAAGUGGUGGGAGGUGGAUUGUGCAUGCAUGCAUGUGGAGAUGUGUGUGCGUGCCCGCGUGUUCCUGCGUGUGCAUGCACACAUGCCCUUCACCCGCCAAGGAUUUGACUGCUAAACUGCUAAAAGACAGAUCUGCUCUCUCCCCAGACCUCCUUCACCCGCAGCCUCUCUGACCAUCCCGUUAGCAGAGACCCGCAGGCCAUGAGGACCGGUCAAAGACGGUGAGAGGACGUGAAAGGGUAAAUCCCUGUGCCCCGCAGUCUUAUCUCCCGCCCUGACGUCCCUGCACACCGGCCAGAGGGUUAACCAUAAGCGGGUGCCUGUAUGGCCGCCUUACUGAUGCCACGCAGGAACAAAGGGAUGAGGACUCGACUGGGAUGCCUGUCUCACAAGUCAGACUCGUGUAGUGAUUUCACAGCGAUUCUUCCUGACAAGCCCAACCGUGCUCUGAAGAGACUUUCCACAGAAGAAGCCACCAGGUGGGCCGAUUCCUUUGACGUGCUUCUCUCCCAUAAGUAUGGGGUGGCUGCAUUCCUCGCCUUCUUGAAGACCGAGUUCAGCGAGGAGAACCUGGAAUUCUGGUUGGCCUGUGAGGAGUUCAAGAAGACCAGGUCAACUGCAAAACUGGUCUCCAAGGCCCAUAGGAUUUUUGAGGAGUUUGUGGAUGUGCAGGCUCCGAGGGAGGUAAACAUAGACUUCCAGACUCGAGAGGCCACGAGGAAGAACAUGCAAGAGCCAUCCCUGACUUGCUUUGACCAAGCGCAGGGCAAAGUACACAGCCUCAUGGAGAAAGACUCUUACCCCAGGUUCCUGAGGUCCAAAAUGUACUUAGAUUUGCUGUCCCAAAGCCAAAGGAGGCUUAGCUAGACCUCAGAUGGGGACUCUUGGAGAUCGCUGGCUUUCCCCGCCCCUUGCUGCCAAGACCAUAUUCUAAUGUGAAAUGUCAGGGGUGUUCUAAAACAUUGGUGUUUAGGUUGGGAGGCUGGGGUGAGGAGGGGAUGAGGGGCCAUUCCAAAGUGUAAUUCAGUCACCAGAACUGGGAUUCUAUUUUAUUUACCCAUGUUUAUGUUUUCAUUAGUGGUAGCCCCUGGCUGCACUCAUCCUUCUCUGGGUCAGCAACUUGCCCUCCAUAAUGCCUUGGGUCAUCUCCACUGAGAAGGCAGAUUCGCUAGGCCGGGCUAACCAGUAAAUAAUAGAAAUGAAGUUUCCAUACCUCCCAUACCCUCCUCCGUUAGGAUUCCUGACACUCUAACUUGUCCUAUAUCCCUGUGAGGAAGAGUUAGAAGACUGGCUCACACCUGUGAUUUGCUAUCACAGUGUAACAGCCAGUUCCGGGUGCUGGGGCCUCACAGUUUAGGAGAGAGGUCUCUGUGGAAUCCCGGGUCUCUAGAACUAUCAUUGAUAGGUGACCCCUGGGAGAAGGGGCAAACUCCAUGGAGUUGGCUGUUUCUUCCAUUUCCACAGGACCAGUGUGCAAAGCUGUGCUCACUGCCCAUCUUAGUCUAGGAUAUUCACAAGACUCCCCUACCCUUGCAAGACCCUUCCAGAAAGGGUCUUGGGAGAUGUCCCUCACAGCUUCUGAUGCGGAGCUGCUAUUAAGAAAGAUACAGCUUGCCUAUCUUCCUACCUUCUACCAAGAAGUUUCCCAGAAGUUGAACAACCAGGAAAUGUAGCACCAGUAGACCUUUCUGCAGUAGGGCACCAUAUAACCUUUCUGCUGCUUAAUGUACUCUCUGCCCUCGCUUCCCUGUGGCAUCACACAUCACCAAUCUCUUAGAAUGACAGACAGCUUGGCAAAGGGAGGCGAAUUCCCAUAGCAUGGACAGCUCUCACGGGGCCUACUGCUCUCCCUGUCUCUCUCUGUCCCCCCUCCCAUGCAGGUCAUGUAAUUAUGAUGGGGGAGAAUGGGAACUUAGGCCAUAACUCUUUCCCAGCUUGCGUCCUGGGAGCACGCUUUCUUAGAAAGGCCCUUCUCAUGAGGGCCACCUUGGCUAUUCAGCAGCUUCCUUUGCGAUUUCUGACCUUUUGGGAUUGAACAUGAGGCUAAGAAGAUCACUGUGAACAUUUGCUUGUGGAGAAUCUUCCUAAAAUGCUUUCCUGGUGCCCUGGGGCUGCUCUUGGAAAUAUGUCAAGAAAGUCUUUCUUAGAGGACGAACCAGGCACAUGGAACCUAUUCUAGCUGCCCAGGAAAAAGCUGACUCUGGCACAAGGCUGCGGUGCCAAGGAGAUGAAUCCUCAGCAGAGAGACCAGAAACUGGAAGAGGGCCCUGGAAGGGGCUGGUCUCUGGGUGAACUGAAUCACAGAGAAUGUGGCGAAGGAACCACUGGGAUAAUUCAAAGUCACUGGAUUGGGAGGCAUGGCAGAUCUCCAAAACAUUUAGUUUGACUAAAUGGAACAGCGUCUGACUAGAUGUAAGCCCUGGAGUGCAGGUGAUUGAGAACUGGGCUGAAGCAUUCUCCUCCUGUGGGGUGAUGGGCCUUUUUAGGCAUGCGGGGGUCCCAGUGUUUCCAUUCCUGUCCAGAAUUGUGCGAAUCUCUUCCUUCCUUGGCUGCAGCUAGACAAGGCCAGGAAGGCUCUCGAGUCCCACUGGUGUUGGGUGCACUGCCCUGCCAUGGCACAUCGUAUCCAUGAGUGAGGAUUGGUGUGCCGGUAUGAGCCACCGAGGAGAAAGAGAACUCAUGCCUAUAGUUCUCACACGGGAGACACCAGUGGAAUUUCAUGUUCAAGAACUCUGAAGCCUCAAGUGGUGUUUCUAGUUAGAUCAGGAAGUAAGUAUUCCCUUGCCCCCACUGGUAAAAAACACACACCCAUCCGUAGCUAAAGCUGCCAGGAUUAAUGUAAUGAUCAAAUUCUCAAACAGGGUAUUUUAAACAUUGUUUACAUACGAAAUGUGCAUCUGCUGCCAACUCUACUGUCGAAAAUGAGGUGCAUAGAAAUUGGAACAGCACGGAGUUAUGGAAAUCUGAAACGUUCUAAGAGGGGCCUUUUUACCACUUCCACUAUCCCCAGGAGACAAGUCUGAACAAGAGUAUUGUGCGGUGGCCUCACUGGGGCCCUAGAGUUCUUGCCAACUGUUGGUGCAAUGAAGGCUUCAGAUGGUGGUGUCAUGGCGCCUGGUGACUUCCUCCCACGAUGGGGAGGCAUGAAGGACCAAGCUUGGGUAUCCUGAAUGUUGCCGCUAAGGGAGGGUAUGUGGGCAUGUGUGGAGGAACAUGAUCGCUGUUUAUGGUACUCCCAUGGAGUGUGAGUGUGUGUGAGAGAGAGAGAGAGAGAGAGAGAGAGAGAGAGAGAGAGAACUGUGAGCAUUAGACUAGUAACCACAGAGAUGGUCUUCCCGUGGGAUGGAGCUGUCCGCACACCUGUAUGUCCUGCUUCCCACAAAAGGCACAGAGCUCUGCGCUCUCGUGCCUACUUUCAGGCACUUUGGUGAUGCCAACCCAGAUUUUGGUCUGAGACAAAACAAAGAGAAAUGUUUACAACAUCUAGAGCAAUAUCCAAGCAUACCUCAUCCCCCACCUUCCACCUCCCGGUCCUGCCUGUCCUAGUUCCUCUUCCACAAGCCCUCAUCGCCUCGCCUUCGUAGGUGGGCCCCCAAAAGGGACCACUUCUUCCAUUUAAAGUCUUCCUUUUGCUUCUGCGGUCGGCUUGUGCUGUGAACUGCCUUCUGGGCUCCAGGCAUGCUCUGUGCCUGGGACCUUUGAAGGCCAGGCAAAUCUAUGACUUUCAGGACCGUUCUCCAAAUGUGAGUGGCCUUUUGGCCCCAUUUGACUGUCAAACUGUUUGGGGGCUGGUGUGGAAUUUCCUGUUGCCCUUGGCAAACCAAACAGAGCCGUGAUCAGUGACAGCCAUUCACUGCCCCGGGCACCACUGGGGUGAGGAAGGGCCCUCGAGCAAUAUUUAUUAUUAAACGUGAGCUUCAAGGAAACUGGCCACCCGGGAAAGCCUGUUACAAGUUCUAAUUCCCAGGUUCCACACCCAGAGAUGCUGACCCAAUAGACCUAGGGUGGGACCCAGAAGUCUGCAUUUUUAAUGCUCUCCUAGGUGCGUAAUGAACCACACUUUGAAGAGAGAUGGUCUAAGAUGGUGGCUCUCACCCUUGGCUGCUCAUUGCAAAUACCUGGGGGAGUUUUAAAACCCAAAUGUCCAGGUCCCAUCCCAGAAGAGCUUGGCCCUGGCACCCAAAGCAUUAGUAGUUUUUGAAGCUUCACAGGUGAUUCCAAUGUACAGGUGAGGUUAGGAAGCAGGGGCCUGAGGAGUGAGGAGGACACCGCUGAGCGGGAAACACCACUGUGCGGGCCAGAGGGUUGGAGCCUCCCCACUUCCUCUCCCUCCCGGGCCCCGAGAUGCACAUAAGCAUAGGCACCAGGAACUUGCCAGCCCGGAGUAUGACUGUGGGGGUGGCAGCCUCUGUGCCCUUUCAGUCUGCCUUGCUCCUUUGAGAUACAAAUACCAUGUUUCUGCUCCAUGCAUUGCUGGGCAGCAGUUAUGCCAAAAGUGGGGGCUGAGGGGGGAUUUGGUUAAGAGAGGUUUUGUCACCUCCCCACCCCCAAGUCUUGUUCACAGUGCUUCCUCCAAGCUGGCCUCCUGGGCUGUUCCCCUGUUUGUUUCCAUGCAUUCUUGUGUUUGGCCAUUUUCCAGUGGUUCUCAACCUUCUGGCCCUUUAAAUACAGUUCCUCAUGUUGUGACCCAACCAUAAAAUGAUUUUCGUUGCUACUUCAUCACUGUCAUGUUGCUACUGUUAUGAAUCGCCAUGUAAAUAUCUGAUAUGCAGGAUGGUCUUAGGCGACCCCUGUGAAAGGGUCGUUUGACCGCCAAAGGGGUCGCGACCCACAGGUUGAGAACCGCUGUGUGAGCCUGUGCCUCUGUCCCCAAGGCCAUGUGACACAGUAGUUGGAACUCAGGUAGUGGGUGAAGGUGUGUGGUAGUCAUCAUGGCGGUGGCACAGUCACUUGCAGAUUCCUCCAAGGAGGGUGUCACAUCCUGGGAAUGUCAAGCUCUCCGAGGCUUUUUUUGCCAAGGCCCCAGUGGGGCUCCAGGUCCUGCUCUGGGCCCUCACCAUUCCCUCUUUGGUCUCAGGCAGGAUGGGCACCUAGAAACUUCCUAGUUGAUUUUACCCUCUGGUGCUUGCUGCUCUGAAUCAGCCAAAGCUGUGGGCGGUGUCCUGCCCAGGCUGCGGGCCCCGGGCACCACUCCUCCACAGGGCAGGGCCGGUGUCUGGGCUCUGCAGGCCCUGGGCUGUCAGGGGAAGGCAUGAACCCUUGGUGUUGAGAGCUGGGCGAGGGAGGAACUGGGAAGACAAGGGGAAGGGGGAGGGGGAGAGGAACAGGGAAAGUGGGGUCUGCUUCUCCAGGAACCAGAAGGGAGAGGGGGUGAGAGGCACAUUCUCAGAGGCAGGAUGGGCUCCCACCCAUAUGAGUGCCCAGCACGCUCCCGACCCUGUCUGUGCCCACGUCCAAGCAAGGCCGAGGGUUUACACUUUUCCACUCGCGGCUAUCCUUGCAUCGGCCCGUGUCAAUCCUCUGAAAAUCUGGCCCUCCGGGUUGGAAGCAAGAGAUGGCAGAGUCACCCUGGCAUCAAGAUCCUAUGCCACGGGGCAGCAGACUUGGAGGAAGAACGCAGGAGCAGACAUGUCUUCCUGUCCCCGGGGCCUCUCUGGACUCCAGCCCGAUGCUAUGGACCAAAUGGGAGACUGUAGGAUGGGGACCCUGGCCUUCCCGACUGGGGCCCGGGACCUCUCAAUGAACUGCCCCCCUUUUUUAUCCUUAUUCCCUUCCUGCUCCCUCCCCUCUGCCAGGUGCAGAAAAGGUGGCUGGUCUGGGUGUGUUCCCCAAACACGGUAGCAUUAGCUGAGUCACACGGCGUGCACGACAUUUGUAGCAGCUCAUCUGCCACAUAGAGCGCUUGGCUGAUGGAGCCCUCAUGGAGUUGUCUCAUUACCGUGCAAAGUCGAAUCAUGUCACUCACCUUGACUAUAAACAAGCCUUGGAGACAUAAUAAACAGAACCUGAACCCGCUGC